AGCGCGGGCGACGAGUUCAAGCACCACGUCGGCUCGAACUUGAUCGCAGGGUACUUCGCCACAGAGGUUGGCGCAUCCGUCGGGACCGAGCCAGCGCUCUUGAAGGCGGCCAUCGCCGACAAGGUGAUCCAGCUCCCCUACUACAAGUCGCACAGCAAUUGGGUGAGCAACUACAUUCAGAAGAACGGGCUCGUCGGCGCCAACAGCGACAUCGUGAGCGCUCAGGCGGCCGCUGCGAUCUCGAAGCUUGCCAGGGCUGCCAUCGACGCCAGGACGUUUAACAAGGUCGGGGGCACCGAGGCGGUCAACAGCGCCUUCAACAUGCAGUUCUGGCACAACACGAAGGAGUGGUCCCAGGUGGCGCUGACUCCGAACUGCCUGCCAGAGGGUCGCCUCACGUUACAGGGGAGCGAAGUGCUAUUCGGUGUGAAGCUCUCUGCGGUCCUGCCAGUUUCCCUGGUGGAGAAAGUGAAAGCAGUUGGUCAGAUGAGCGUGGAGUGUUUCUUCGGCUUGGUGAGGUCGCAUGGCUUCGCUUUCAAAUCUGAGCCUGGGACGCUCCAGAUCAUCCCGGCGGGCUUCCUGGUGAUCGGCUUCCUUGUCAGCGAGGAGCCGUGCGAGGGCAUGCGCUGGUCGUUCGUGCGCUCGGACGCCGCCGAGCAGGAGCGCAUCCUCAUCAAGACGACCAUGGAGCAGGCGAUGGAGGAGUUCGGGGCUGACGCGACCAUGAAGGCGAUCAGCCUGGCGCUCGGGGCAGCGUGA